GCUAGACGUGAGAGACUGAGAGACAGUCAAUAAUUCUAGUGUUUAUUUUCCAGUAUCUGAAAAAUCUAUUGAACCCUUACUGUAUGUUUAAAAUAUAAUGUUCUUCAUAGUAAAUAAAUCCUCAAGGCUUGAAGAAUGGUUCCAUAUGGGAUGGAAAAGAAAUAAUAGCUGUCUGUGGGGAGAAAACAGAAUGUUGAUAGAGAGAGAAAUGAUAGAGAGAGAGGGGAUGUGUGUGUGUGUGUUUGUGUGUGUGUGUGUGUGUGAGAGAGAGAGGAAGAGAGAGAGAGAGAGAGAGAAAGAGAGAGAGAGAGAAGUCAUGUCAAACUUUGACAACAUGCAUGACAUCAGAGGUUACCUCCCCCAAGCUUGUCCACUAUGAGAUGGUCUGGUCACAAGCAAAACCUCUCAAAAUCCUGCCAUAAUAUGCACAGCCUUUUCCAACACACACACACACACACACACACACACACACUUGUAUACGCACACUCUCAGGCACAUGUGUGAACACUGAAUUAUAGUAAAGUGAAAGAGGGUGUGAGACACGCCUCAGAGCUGGGCAGACCUUUCCUGGAGAGGAAUCCGAGCAGACGACGGUGGACAGCACUGAGCUUUACUGACCCACUGAAUGAAAGGAACAGCAUGUCAGUCUUCCUGCUCCUCCUCAUCCUCAGUGAGGUCCUGCUCCCUAACCUCACCUGCGCAUCCAGAGUGCGCAGGCAGACUACAAAGGUUCGGAUCAGUGCUAUAGGAGACACCAUCAUGCUGAAGUUCCUUCAGCCACACAUGGACACUAAGCUGGAGGGCUACAUCCUGGGCUACGGCAGCAACUUGUUCUCCAAGCAGUUCAUCCAACUCCCUGAGGAUGGGGAACCUUAUGAAACUGAAAUCGACGCUGAGCCAAAAUAUCUAGUUGCAGUACAACCAGUCAAAGAAGAAGAGGUGAAAAAACAGUGCGCAGGGAAGGAGACUCUGGAGAGGCCUCUGCAUCUGGUGAUUGGCUCUGUGACCCCGACCUCAGUUAUGCUGUCCUGGGGCACACUGCUAAAUACCCUUUCCAGUGAAACCAACCUGGACGACUGCAUCGAGGACGGUCACUUCACCGUGCGCUACAGGGAGAAGGAGCCCAAAAAGAAGUGGAACUAUCAGACAUGCCCCACCACAGAAACAAUCAUUGACCGACUCAAACCAGACACGCCAUAUGAGUUUGGGGUCCGAGCAGAGUCUGGAAAUAUCAAUGGAGCCUGGAGCCCUCCAGUAAUCCACAACACAGCUGACGAUAUAGACAUUCAUGAACCAGUGAAGCCUGAGAACUUUCCCAGACCUAAAAAACCCGUCACCGAAAGCUCUCAAACUUUCUCCCCCUCGGUGCCUCUUCUGUACAGCGUGACUCAGAGCAGACCAGCGUCCCUCCUCAGACCCCCACCAUCCUCUCCUACACAGAGGGUAACUCAAGUAGAAGAUAUAAGCAAUCAUAAAACAUUAAAGCCUGAGAACUUUCUGGGUUCUAAGGUAAGUCUGUCAUACGCAGUAAGUUACUUUCCACCUCUCUCUAUGUUUCUUUCUCUUGUCUUUUCUCUUUCCCUCUCGUUCCUGUUUUUCUUUAUAAGUCUAGACGUCUCUCUCCUACAGAAGCCCAUCACCGAAAGCCCUCAAGCUUUCUCCCCCUCGGUGCCUCUUCUGCCCAGGGUGACUCAGAGCAGACCAGCUUCCCUCCUCAAACCGCCAGCACCCUCUCCUAUACCGAGGGUAACUCUGGACAUUCAUAAACCACUGAAGCCUGAGAUCUUUCUAAAGCCUGAGAAGCCCAUCACCGAAAGCCCUCCUGCUUUCUCCGCCUCGGUGCCUUUUCUGCCCAGUGAGACUCAGAGCAGUCUGACCUCUGACAUCAGAAACCCAGCAGCCCCUCCUACACAGAGGGUAAUUCAAGUUACAGACAUUCAUAAACCACUGAAGCCUGAGAGCGUUCUGAGACCAAAGAAACCCGUCACCGAAAGCCCUCAAACUUUCUCCCCUUCGGUGCCUCUUCUGCCCAGGGUGACUCAGAGCAGACCAGCUUCCCUCCUCAGACCCCCAGCACCCUCUCCUAUACCAAGGGUAACUCUGGGCCAAGACAUGCCUUCACCAUCUGCUUCUGUGGCAAGAACUUCAGCACCUACAGUAACCAAGCGUGUCUCUCCAGUCUCAGUUCUUAAUCCAAUAAGGUUGCCUCCUACCUACUCAAACACCUCUGUCAGGACUGCACCGGCAUCCCAUAAUGAGAAGCAUAAGGGGCAGUUAUGGGACAAACCUAUCAAGAGACCUAGAAAAGAGCCUGAUUUAAAUGAAAUCAAGAAGCAGAAAAACAAGGUGCCCAAAAAUGGGGGUAAAGGUAAAACUCACGAUAAAGUAGUUGAUCUGAAGGUGGUGGAUGCACUACCAUUUCAGAAACCUUCAGAUGCUCCUCCUACCACAGAACUCUAUCAAAAGCCAACACCUGCAACCACACCAUUUUUUGCCUUUAACGGUAGCAGGUAUUACAUGGGGGACAACUCAUCUGUAUUCAGUUCUGUUCCUGUCUCAGAGGUGGACCCAAUGGGAAAGAAACGCUUUGUAGCACCUCAUGUGAUCUAUCAGAUAGACAAGCCUCCAGAGCAGCCAUGUUCCGUCACGCACUCUCUCAGCUUCUUCCCUGAUGAGGAGAAUGGUGUAGCAAACAUCUCAGGCCCACCCAAGACCCCGCCCACCAACGUCACUGUCGUUACUGUGGAGGGAUGUCCCUCAUUCGUCAUAGUCGAUUGGGAGAAAACAGACAACGAGACGACCGAAUAUGAAGUCACUUCCUCUGUUAUAAAUCCAAAUGGACAAGUCGUAUCUGUUGUAAAAACCAAUCAGACACACGCAGCUGUGGAGAACCUGAAACCCGAGAGCAGUUACGAGUUCACCGUGACGCCUAAGAAUGAGCUCGGUUCAGGACCUUCCAGUGAGCCGGUAUCCUUCAGCACCGAGUCGGCGGACCCUCGGGUGAGAGAAGUCCAAACUGGUAAAAAUGCCAUCUGGUCUUCAUUCUCAUUCGACGCAGACUCCUUUUCUGAGUGCACUGGAACCCAAUAUGUGAAACGUACAUGGUAUCGCAAGUUUGUGGGAAUUCAGCUGUGCAACUCACUCAGAUACAAGAUCUACCUAAGUGAUUCACUAAAAGGGAAGUUUUAUAACAUUGGGGAUGAGACUGGAUACGGAGAGGAUCAUUGUCAGUUUGUUGAUUCCUUCCUGGAUGGACGGACUGGAAGCCUGCUGCCACCACACCAACUACCACUCAAACAAGGUUAUUUCCGGUCCAUACGCCAGGAACCUGUGAAGUUUGGCAAGAUUGGUGGUAGAACCCAGAUCAACUAUGUAUCCUGGUACGAGUGUGGAGUCCCCAUUCCCGGGUCAUGGUAGGACCCCUGAAGCUCUCCGAGGACGUGCCCGAUUAGAAUAUAUACUGUGCGAGAGAUGACCAAGCAGACAGUGUAUAAAGAUGUACAGAAAGGGGGGGAAAAAAGUUAAAGAAAAAGGUUCUAUCGAGUGCUAUCUGCAGUAUCUAAUGGCACAUAUAAUGCUUCAUACUAUUUAUAUGCAAAAAAAAUUUAUCAGACAUUUAGUGAAAUCGCAGAGUUUAUGAAAGUACGGGGUAGCAGGCUCCCUGAAUGUUUAAAACGUGUAUAUUAUUUAUCAUGAGGCUGGGGAUAACAUACAGUAAUUUCCUGGUGAUUGGCAAAACAGAUGGCAUAAGCAUCGAGAGGAAAUGGGUCAUACUGUGCAGCUGUUUAAUAUACAAACUAAAGCAUGGGCACCUGAGAUGGAAUUUUACGCAUUAGGUCUAAUACAUGUAAUUUUCCAGAAUCAAGCGAGUUAGAAAAUAGUUUCAAUAAAGUUUUGCACAAUGCAAGUGUAGCUCAUUUGGCAAAUACAGGUAUAUAUGUGUAUAUAUGGCAACGGUGACUUAAGCACUCAUUAGUAUUGUGUUUUGUAGCUUUUGAGAUGAAUUAUUACAAGGUGUUAACACAAAGAUAAUGUAUGUUGAUUUAUACCUGAUCAGUUGGAGAUUUACAAUCCAAGUUUAUUGCAACGUUAACGCUAUUUUUUUUUAAGCGAAUGCUACGAAAUGUAUUACUUUUAUUGCAGAAUAUUUUGCAGUUUCUAUGUGAAGAUGCACAAGGAAAUAAAUAUUUUUCUCUGGAUCUUUACACCAGUUGCAUUAAUCACACAGAGUACACCCUCGCGAAUGCAACCCAUUUAAGAGAGGGUUUGAAUUGCGUCGCUUCACCUUUUAAGCAUGCGGAAUCUAACAGACGUUGCAGGAAACGUGUGGAACAUCCCCGUUGCUAUUUCACCCAAACAGAAAAAAAAAAUCUAAAC